AUGCUUUCGAAAACUAGUUGCCAGCAGAGUGCUCAAAAUAAUAUUUUCAUUACCCAAUUACCGGUUAACCAAAUUAACUUAACUAACCCAAUUAACUUAAUUAACCCAACUAAUCCGAUUAACCCAAUUAAUCCAACCAAAUUAAUGUCAUCUAUUUCACCUAAUUUGGAUACAGAUCAAUCUUCUAGUGCUUCGAAUCUUAGAUAUUUGAAAAGAUUUAGGCGUUUAGAUACAAUUAAUGAAUCAUCAGAUAUGUCACCACAUUUUAUUGGAUCAUCAUCAUCAAUUGCUCUUGGAAAUCACUUUAACUUUAGUAAUAACGGGUCUCAAUAUUUUCAAUCAUCAACCGUCAACAAGACAUUGUAUUCUUCAUUAUCAUCCUUCAAUAACUCUAAUAAUUAUUUUGAAACGAGAGAAGCACGUUCUGGUGUAAAUAAAAUGAGUAAAAAAACUUUCAUUAUGAGAAAUUCUAUCGAUAAGGUGUCUGUAAUUCCACGAUUUUAUUUUCCGGUUAUAUCAAAAAUCCAAGAAAAUCGACUUGAAUCUGCCUUGAUCAAAGUUCAAGAAAUAUUUUUAUCUUCAAAUAAUUGUAUAAAUAGGUCUCACUUCGGACUAGUCACAAGAGAAUGCGGUUUACCUUGUUAUAUGAGUGAGGCAUUAUUUUGUAAAAUGGUUGAACUUGGAACUGCCAAUGAACGUGUAACUUUUGAACAAUUUGAGAGAAUAUGGAGAAUGCUUAUAAAAUCUUCAAAAGAUGAAUCAUCAUUAUGUUUUAACAUACUACGAAAUGAUAAAAAUUAUUUUUUGACCAUUGAUAAUUUUAUUGCAGUCUUGAAAGAUAUCGUAAUGAACCAUCCUGGACUAGAAUUUUUAAGAAAAAAUAUCGUCUUUCGAGAUCGUUAUGUCGAAACUGUAAUUUGUCGCCUUUUUUAUGAUUAUAAUCGUAAUUGGUCCGGUAAAAUGACUUACAAAGAAUUCAAAAGAAUGGAUUUACCAGGAAUGUUGAGAAAGUUGGAAUCUAAAGUUGAUCUAAAUAAUAAAGAUCUUGUUCAAUAUUCCGAUAAUGCAUUAACCACAAGAAUAGUCGAUCGCGUAAUACAUGGAUAUGGAAAAAUGACUGAUUUGUCUCCAAAGGAACAUGAUCCGAAAAAUCCAAAAAUGACUUACAGAGAUUUUAUAUGGUUUCUCCUGUCAGAGGUUAAUAAAUCUACAAACACGUCGAUUGAAUAUUGGUUUCGAUGUUUAGAUUGUGAUGGUGAUGGCGUAUUAAGCGUGUACGAACUUGAAUGGUUUUAUGAAGAACAAUUUGAUCGUAUGAAACUUUUUGGUUUAGAACCAAUAAAAUUUAAAGAUUGUAUUUGUCAAAUGUUUGACUUGAUCAAACCUUCGAAUCCGUACGUAAUAACUCUCAAAGACCUUAAACGGUGUAAACAAAAUGCUCCCCCGUUUUUUGAUAUGUUUUUUAAUCUUUCUAAAUUUAUCGCUUACGAACAUUAUCAACAGCAAUUAGAUGAAAUGAACGAAAUUGAUGCAUAUGUUAACAUAGAAUAUAACAAAAUGUUACAUGCCGAACAAGAAAGACGUAGAUCACACGAAAGACUUGAAGCAUUGAGUGCAAUAAAUAAAAAUAUAUCUCAUAAUAUUACUCUUGAUAAUUUUAAAAGUAAUGUUACCGGUAAUGAAGUCAUUAACGAUUCAAAUAAACAAAUUAUUUGUGAAGAGGAUUAUGAUAGUGAUGACAAGAAUAGUGAAGACGAUGAUAUCGAAGAUUGUUAA